AUGGCUUUCCACGCAGUAAAAACCGCUCGCCCCGCUUCCCAAGCUCUGUCUAGGCAGUCUUUGAUUCAGAAAGCCACAAACCACCCCUCCCACUCCACAUCUGCUAUAGCUUCACAUUCAACAACUUCAGCCUCGAUAACCGCUGCACCUACGAGCUUCACUUGCCGUGUACCGUCAAACAGCUCGUCGUAUUUCAUCCAUAACAAAAGUUUCUCAACUCAAACCGCAAGAAUGGCGUCCACUAUGCCCGCCCAGCACGGCCACAGCCAGGCCUGCUGCAACAUCCCUCCCGUCAUCGCCAAGGGCUACCAGGCCAAGGGAAGCUACGAAGAGAUUGGAGGCCUGAAGACUUACGUCACCGGUCCUGCCGACGCAAAGAAGGCUAUCGUUGUCAUUUACGAUAUCUUCGGAUAUUUCGAUCAGACUUUGCAGGGAGCAGACAUUUUGGCGACCAGCGACGCACAGAAAUACCGAGUAUUCAUUCCUGACUGGUUCGCCGGCGAGCCUUGCCCCAUUGAGUGGUUCCCUCCCAACACCGAAGAAAAGCAGAAGAACCUCGGCGGCUUCUUCCAGAAGUUUCCUCCUCCCAAGGUCGCGGGCCAAGUUCCCGAUUACGUCAAGGCCAUUCAGUCAAAGUACUCUUCCCUCGAGUCUUUCGGUAUCCUCGGUUACUGCUGGGGAGGCAAGGUUGUUUCCCUCGUCACUUCGGGCGACAGCAACCCAUUCAAGGUUGGUGCUGAGAUUCACCCUGCCAUGGUUGAGCCUGAGGACGCCAAGGGCAUUAAGAUUCCUCUGAUCAUGCUCGCCUCCAAAGACGAGCCGGAAGACGCCGUCAAGCAGUUCGAAGAGAACCUUACAACUGCCAAGCAUGUCGAGACUUUCAAGGACCAGAUUCACGGUUGGAUGGCUGCCCGCUCUGACUUGGAAGAUGCGCGUGUCAAGGAGGAGUACACUCGUGGAUACAAGACUGUUCUUCAGUUUUUCAGCAAGAACUUCUAA